CCGGCCAAGGUGGUACCUGAUUGCAUACCCCCUUGAACGAUGUUUGUUUAUAUCACGUUCUCUGACACCUAGCAUCAAACACCAAGCCUCAAAGCUAGCCGAAGCUGCCCACCGACGGAACAUAGCUGUAUUCGUAUACAGCCGUAACUAGCUACCAGUUGCCGACUUCGACCACUGCGCGUAAGCGCAAUGUGGACCUGGUGAUACUAGGUAAAUACAGGUAUUACUCUACAGGGGUCGGCGUCAGCGACCAUGGAGCCUGCGGAGAGGAUAGCCGCUCGCGGCAUUGAGGCAGCCCAUGCCCCAUUGACAGCGUCAGCAUCCAAAAUCCCUCCCCCGUCGCUCCGAAUGAUGAAUCGGGGCAGUUCACCACUCUUCCUGCCACUUCUCAGGAUCAUCCAUACCUAAUCUCAGCACAAUGUCGUACGGGUAUCCAGGCCAAGGCUACGGCCCGGGACCUGGUGGUUCUGGGUAUCCUUAUCCGCCCGGUGGCCCCCCUGAAUACGGCGGUUACGGCCAGUAUCCGCCGGACCAGUACGGACAGUACAACCCGCCUCCGAACCAGGGUUACGGACAAUACCCGCCUCCGCAUCCGCAGCAUCCGCACGGAUACCAGUGGCAGCCUGGACCGCCGCCACAGGGUUACGAUGGCUACAGCGACCCGACCGCUCGCGGACCGGAAUACGGUGGAUCGGAGCCAAGCCAUGAUUCGCAGCGCUAUCAGCCGCUACCACAGGGCUUGCAGCAGUUCGGCCACGGCGCACCCCAGGAGUACAUGUUCCAGUACUCCAACUGCACGGGCACUCGCAAGGCGCUUCUGAUCGGCAUCAACUACUUCAACCAACAGGGGGAGCUGCGCGGGUGCAUCAACGACGUCAAGAACGUGGCGAGCUUCCUACAGGAGCGCGGCGGCUACAAGCGGGAGGAUAUGGUGAUCCUGACCGACGACCAGGAGGACGCGAUCAACCAGCCAACCAAGGCCAACAUCAUACAGGCGAUGCAGUGGCUCGUGCGAGACGCCCGGCCCAAUGACGCCCUGUUCCUGCACUACUCGGGCCACGGCGGCCAGACCGAGGAUCUCGACGGAGACGAGCAGGACGGCUACGACGAGGUUAUCUACCCAGUCGACUUCAGGCAGAACGGGCACAUCACCGACGACGAGAUCCACUUCCUCGUGGUCAAGCCGCUGCAGGCCGGCGUGCGCCUAACGGCUGUUUUCGACAGCUGCCACUCGGGCUCCGUCAUGGACCUGCCCUACGUGUACAGCACCAAGGGCGUGCUCAAGGAGCCCAACCUGGCCGAGGAGGCCGGCCAGGGCCUGCUAGAUAUUGCGGGGCACCUCGCACGCGACGACGUGGGCAGUGUCGUGAGUACCUUGUUCGACUUCGCCAAGACCGCCAUGCGCGGCGACGACGCCUACGAGCAAACGAAGAAGACCAACACGUCGCCCGCCGAUGUGGUCAUGUGGAGCGGCAGCAAGGACGACCAGACAUCCGCCGACGCAACCAUCGCGUCCCAGGCGACGGGUGCCAUGUCGUGGGCCUUCAUUAAUGCCCUCAAAAAGAACCCGCAUCAGAGCUACGUCGAGCUGCUCAACACCAUCCGCGACGAGCUGGAGACCAGGGAUUACACACAGAAGCCCCAGCUGUCGUGCAGCCAUCCCCUGGAUACCUAUCUGCUUUUCGUCUGGUGAGGUAAGUCUCGGGAGUGGGCAGAUCAAUCUACCUUGGUUUUCUUUUUGGAUAUGACGUGAGAUGCCGAUUUUGGAUAGCAUUAAAGGUCUAUGUGUGCAGGAUAAGUAUAUAUAUAUGAAUACAACAUGGCGUUGCCGAGA